CCUUUGAGCGAAUCUGAUCUUGUUGAUGAAUUUUCAAAAGACUUUGCCUGCCCUGCACAGCCUGCAGUAGAAUCCCAACCAUCAAAGCCCAGCAGCACACCCAAAAAACCUUCAGGUCCCGUGUCUGCAAAAACUACCAAGGAUGAAGUAGUGCCUUAUGCCACAGCUUGCACUGUGCAGUCUUCAGCUCUGUCAGCGGUGAGUUCAGUUGGUCAGGUGGCAGAUGAAGCACUGGAAGCUUUGUCCAGUAGCCUUGGAAAGAGGGAGCCUGAUCCACACAAGAAGAAACCUGCUGUGGAUAAAGUUAAGGAGAAAAACAAACAGGAAGAAUACAAAAAACUGGGUGAAGAUGAAGAAACAAUUCCUCCAGAGUACAGAUUAACAGAAGCAAAAGAUGAAGAUGGAAAACCACUCUUACCAAAACCUGAAGAAAAGUCCCAGCCUAUGAGUGAAAAUGAUCUUUUAAAGGGUUUGACAGAAGGGUUUUCCUGUUCUCAGUCCCUGUGUGCACCAUUACCUACACCACCAGUAAUAAAGAAAACCAAGGAGGGUAAAAAGCUUGCAGAUUCCUUGGACAUUAUCUCAGCUGCUACGGUUUCAUCAGUGCACUCGGCAGCUCCUCUAGCUUCUACCUCAGGAGGAAAAGAGAUGGAUGAAGCGUUGGAUCUCCUGUCCGAUUCCUUGGGACAGAGAGAAGUCAAUCCUGAUGAGAACAAACCACUUGUGGAUAAAGUAAAGGAAAAGGCUAAAUCUGAACACAGAGACAAACUUGGAGAAAGAGAUGAUACUAUUCCACCUGAGUAUCGAAAACUUCUGGAGUCAGGUGAGCAGGGCAAACCAGCAAAGCCAAUGGCAAAGGAUGAUGUGAAACACAAAGAACAAAAGAAGUCUACAGAUGAUUCUGCAGCUAUCGAUGCCCUAUCGGGUGACUUUGAUACUUUCGCAAAGACUCCUGCCACACCACAGCACUCAAAG